UCUGAUGCCUUUCAGCUCGAUACCAGAUACAAGAAAAACUGAAUUGUUUGUUGAUCACAUAUGCCAUGCACGUCACGAUUUUAAAAGCUAGAAAGGAUCUUUAAUGAGUAGACAUGAAGGAAGAGAAAAAGGGUUGGCUUUGUUUGUUUAUUUAUUUAUAUUUUAGCCAUUACGUGCCUUGUGGCUUACCACCAUUACAAAACCGAGCGAGCCUAUGAAUUCUCCGCCUUACACUUUUCCUCCUCUCCAUCAUCCACCAAAACUAUCCCCUCAAACUACACAAAGAAUCGUGUGGCCACGUUCCUUACCCCAUCUUCCUUCCUGAAAUAUAUGUGUGUAUAUAUAUGUGUGUGUGGAUAUAUCUAAGAACUGUUUUACCACCAUCUUCAUUUCUUUUCCUUCCAAAUUCUGAUGGAGUCUGUUGCCUCUACUUCAUCCCCUCGUCCCGUUCCUCGGUUCAAGCCCUCCCAACCUGUGGCCGAUAGGAUUGUUAGAGCUCUCCACCAUCACCUCCGUCUUCUUCACCGUUCCGGUUCUAAUUUCUUCGUGUUGGGAGCCACAGGCAAUGUUUACAUUGUGUCUCUAUCCUCUACCCCCUCCUGCACUUGCCCGGACCGUAUUACCCCAUGCAAACACAUAUUGUUUAUCUACCUUCAGGCCCUGGGUUUGUCGCUUGAUGACGUAUGUCUUCGGCGAAGAACACUGCGUCCUUGCCAAUUGAAUCGUUUGCUUGCAGCACCCAUUAUGUUAAAAUCCCUUGCUGAAAUUGGGUUACGUAAAGUAUUUCAUCAACAAUUCUUUCAGGUAAAUGAUAGAGCAUGUUCUUCUUCUUCUUGUGUAACCGUUGAAGAUAUGGAAGAUGGGACUGCGUGUCCAGUUUGUUUGGAUGAUAUGAAGAAGAAUGAUCGGGUUGUGGCUUGUUCGACGUGUCGGAAUCUUGUUCAUGAAGAUUGUUUCACGAGGUGGAAACGGAGCAAGGGAAGGAGGAAUGUUAGUUGCGUAGUUUGUAGGGCACGGUGGAAAGAUACCAAAGACGAACAAAAGUAUUUGAAUUUGUCCGCUUAUAUCAACGAACACGACACAAUCGAUGACAAUUUAUACAAUAAUAAUAACAAUAAUAGUUGAGUGAACCUCAUAAGAUCCUCUCAAAUAAUAAAAUAUCAUCCUCAAGUAUUUCAAAACUUC